UAUUUUUUUAUAUAAAGCCGUUCACAUAGAGCGCUAGGUGGAUUGUCAAAACAGAAAUUGUCUGAUGAGUGUAUUUAUUUUAUUUUUAAAAAAUACUUAAGAAAUUAAAAUUUACUAAUUAAAUGUAAAUUACCUUAGAUGUCAAACAGAAAUGGUGAAAUUAUGAAGACAUCAAAAGAGCCUGAGCAACCAAAUUGUUUUAAUUCAUUCUUUGAAAUAGCAUUAAGGAUAGUUGUUUUCAUAAUAUUUAUACACUUAGAAUGUAAGCCAGCAUUUAAAAGGGUUAUACUUCCUGAAGAACUUUGGAUGUACAAAUAUCCACCAACCGCAGAUUAUGUUCCCUCAGUUUUUUUAUUGCCAGCUGCAUUUGUUGUACCAUUUACCGUAAUUUUUAUAAAUUAUUUAAUUAAUCAUGAUAGAUAUGAUUUUUUCCAAGCGAACAACGCAGUAACGUUAUCUCUAGGAUUAAAUGGAGUUAUUACUAGUUUAUUGAAAAUAGCAGUUGGCCGACCAAGACCUGAUUUUUUUUAUAGAUGUUAUCCUGAUGGCAAUUUUCCUACGAAUUACUCUAUGGAGUGCACAGGCAAUACUAGAGAAGUUAAUGAAGGGCGGAAAAGUUUUCCUAGUGGGCAUUCUUCAUUUGCAUUUGCUGGAUUUGGUUUUGUUUUUCUUUAUAUUGCUGCUAAAUGGAACAUAUUUAACGAAAAAGGUCGAGGAAACACCUUGGGCUUGGUAACAUCUAUUGUACCAUUGAUCGUAGCUGGAUUAGUGGCUAUAAGUCGAACUUGUGAUUAUCAUCAUCACUGGGAAGAUGUUGUUAUAGGUUCUUUUAUUGGAAUGGGAAUUACCUACAUUUGCUAUCGACAGUAUUAUCCAUCUCUAACAAAUACUCAUUCUGGAAAGCCUUACAAAUAUUUUAAGAAAGUAGAACAAUGUUCGGUAGUUAAAAAUAAUAUUAACCAUAAUGGUGAAACCAAACCACUAAUUAACGAGAAUGAAAAAGAUUCUAAAUGGAUUUGAUAAUUAUUAAUUUAACUAUAAAUUCUAACAGGAUCUUCAUAUUUGUUUUUCAUCAAGUUCUUAUUAAUUUUCUUGUAGUUAUAUACAUACGACAUAAAAUUUUCAUUAGCUAUCAAAGUAUUCCCAAAAUUAUUAAAAAGGUUAUAUAUAUAUAUAUGUAUUUCAAAUCAUAAAUAAUGGUGUACUAUUGUAGUUCUAAAUUACAAUCAAAAUUUAAUCUUUAGAAUUAAAGAAGAAAAACAAAGAAGCUUUGCUUUCUUUUUCAACUAAUUCGUACUUCGUCCAAUUUAUCUACAAUACAAAG